UCCACCGAUUGUGGUAUACUUUGCGUAACAUUCUAGCUUUAUUUCGCAAUUAAAUCACGAAUUUAACUGUGCUUAGUUGAGUGUUAAAAAUGGCUCCACCACCGGUGCUUAAGGGUCGCAAUUACGUGCUGUUCAUCGGGGGACUCGUUGGAUUGAUCGGAUUAGCCUGCUACCCAAUCAUCAUCGAUCCCUUGCUGAAUCCGGAGAAAUACAAAAAACUUCAACAGCAAAACCGUGCCGGAGUCAAGCAGGAGGAUGUGCAACCUGGCAACAUGCGAGUGUGGAGUGAUCCAUUCAAACCCAGGACGGAUCGACCUACUUAGAUUGUGCUAGCGAGCAUGGCACAACAUUUCAAGGAAGUAAUUUUUAGUCUUGUUUAUGUAAUUAUGAUA